UAAAAUUCUCAAACCAAGAAUCGUUAACCAUGUCAGGAAGGGGCAAGACCGGUGGAAAAGCUAGGGCAAAGGCCAAGACCCGCUCAUCCCGUGCCGGGCUCCAGUUUCCUGUCGGCAGAGUGCACCGACUUCUACGUAAAGGCAACUACGCUCAUCGCGUCGGCGCUGGAGCUCCCGUCUACCUGGCCGCGGUGCUCGAGUAUUUGACCGCUGAGAUCCUGGAGUUGGCUGGAAACGCUGCCCGCGACAACAAGAAGACCCGAAUCAUCCCCCGCCAUCUACAGCUGGCCGUCCGCAACGACGAGGAGCUCAACAAACUCCUGGGCGGAGUGACCAUCGCUCAGGGUGGUGUGCUGCCCAACAUCCAGGCAGUUCUUCUGCCCAAGAAGACUGAAAAGCCCGCCAAAAAGUAAAUCCGGAAACUGAUUAAAAACAAAGGCUCUUUUAAGAGCCAUCCACAUCCUUUAAAGGGACUCCUUCAACACAUUCUGUUAUACUAUAAUUGCUGUACUAGAGUUCAAAUAACUAUUUCCGUGACUUCAUGGUUCAUCCGUUUAAAUAGUUAUUAAAAAAAUCAUCGCCGUCCCAAUAAAAGCAUAAAUUAUAAAAAUUACACAGGAAACGCAUAUCUAACUGUUUAUAUAUGGAUUGUAGCCUAAUAUGUAGGCCUACCUCUCCGGGAGCCGUCACCUUAUCGUGGUGGGAGAGAUUUGCGUGAACCUGAGGGCUGUGUUGUCUAUAGCGUUGUGCUCCUGGUAGGGUCUCCCAGUGGUCUCAGGUGAGGGGCAAGACUAAGUGGUUCACCAAGACCCAAAUUGACAUUCAAUAAAGAGGAGUAGAGUCCCUCCCCGCAGGGAGCCCGGGGACUCAGACUGCAGCCAGGCCAAGACGGAGGGCUCAUCGGUGAGUGCUUGGUGGCCGGGUUUCCCACGGAGCUUGGCUCCCUAAUUUUAAUUCAACCAUCGUAGUUAAAAUGUCCUUAUUGAUCAGUGACAAGACAUACUGUACAUGAAUCAUGCUGAGACAAGCGGGUGUCUGAGAAUUUCUGCAGGCGUUUUCGAUUGUUUGCAUGAAGCACUGUAGGCACUUCGGUGAGGCUGUGAUGAAGUCAUCGUGUUUGUAGCCUACACUCACACCUGGUGGUAUAAUAUGUCACCUUUACACAUAAGUCUCCUGUCACCCGAAAUGUGUUUUCAACUUAAAGGUGGGGUAAGCGAUUCUGGAGAAUGUUUAUUGACAAAAUCACUUUUUGUCAAAAUGAGUGAAUAUCUCCUCACCAUCUGCUACCUGUCUGUACUGUGUGUGCUGAAAAAGAAUCUGGUGUUGAUACACAGCCUCUGUAAACGGUUAUGUUGCUUGCUACGAUGGGCCCCCUUUUCUUUACAUUUCCUGUGUUUACAUAACGGUUUACAAAGCCUAGGCUGUGUAUUAACACGUAAUACUUUUUCAGCACACACACAGUGUAGACAGGUAGUGGAUCAUGAGGAAAUAUCCAGUGGUUUGACAAACAGUGAUUUUGUCAACAAACAUUCUCCAGAAUCACUGACCCCUCAUCAGCCCGAUUUUCAAAUUUCCACGGGGAGAAACCCCCGAACCCCCCUUUUAAAAGGACUAACUUCUGGGCUUUAGCCCCGAAUGUUUUCAAUUGCUAGCGAUGCUCAUUCCCCACCUUAAAGUAUUGUUUUCAUUCAAAACUGAUUUAUCAACAGCUCAUUGGGCCUGAUGCUUUCAGUUUUGAGUUAAAGCUCUGAAGUUGAGUUAUGAAGUUAAUUUUUUUCUGUUUUAACUACUGUAAUUUGCACUGCUUGUUCAGCAUUUUAAGACUGGUUGAAAGUAAAAAAUAAAAAUAAAAAAAUAUAUUGGUUGAAAGGCACAAUGAAUUGAGAAUAUAAACUUAACUGUAAAAUAAACAUGCAUUCUGAAUAAUUGUAA